GUGGAAGUUGCAGCCGCCGUGGUGGAAACAGCUCAUCCAGACACAAGAUUUGCUAACUGGUGAAAAUACAUAACAACCUCUGCUGACUCUGCUUCUCCUGGCAAACAUCAUAGCCACAACUUCUGCUACUUGUGAUCACACUAGAGUUACACAACUGGCUGCUGUUAGCCCCACAUCUUGGCUGAAAGCAUGGAUGCCAUGGAAUAUGCACAGGCUAUGAAACAAGAUGGGAACCAGGAUUUUAAGAAUGGGAAUUACUCUUUGGCCAUCAGAAAGUACGACCAAGCUCUGUAUGUGCUCGGCUGCCUAAUGCAGUGGCACCCGUGUUCCAAGGACAUAGCUGUGUUACACUGCAACAAAUCAACUGCCUUGUACUGCCUUGGUAAAUGGAGAGAAGCGAUGCUGGCAGCCUACGAGAGCUUACGCUGGGAUCCGAUGUAUAUUAAGGCUUAUUACAGAGCAGGCUACUCAUUGAUCAUGUUACUGAAUCCUCAUGAGGCGAUUUUGAUGUUUUAUAAAGGUCUGCUUCUCCUGAAUGCAUCUGUGGAUCGAACUCAGGCUGCUGAUUUUAUAGUAGGAAUCUUCAUGAGUGUCAAUGAUGAAAGAGUCUUUCCACAAACCUUCUCAGUCGCCUACAACUUCAUUUUCCACGCGGGCUUUGACGCGCUGAUUUGGCAAGCGGUGAUAGAGAGGUUGGCCCAGAAAGGGAAGUGGAGGUCUUGUCUGCUGCUGUUGUCUGAAAAGAAAGUGCUGCCCUCCAAUCUUAGAGUCAACCAAGUAUCACUGAGGAAUCUGUUUGAGACUUCUGAGCUCUAUGGGUACGGCGAGAAGAUGCAAGAAGUGGCAGAGUUAGUCAAGUGGCUGAUUUCCAUGGGGGCAAAAGUUGAAACCAUUGGACUCUAUGUGCUUCAUGCUGUAAUCAGGCUGUGUAUCAGAGCAAGAAAGAACCAUCUCUUCAAGUGGCUACUGAGUCGGAGGCCAGACUUGAAGGACAGGCUGAACGAGCAGGACAGAGAUGGAUGCACCCUGCUGCACGUUGUGGCAUCUUCCAGUGACUAUUCCCAGAAGCGCAGCCAAAUGGAAGAUGUGGUCAUGCUCCUGAAUUUUGGGGUCGAUCCCACUGUUCCAGAUGCACACUCGAGAUAUGUCAUAGAUCUCUUGAAAAAGAGCAAAAACUUUGAUGCUGUGAAAGCAGUUGACAGUCACAUUAAGAAGCACACUUCCUCUGAGACAGGACAGGAUAAAAGCAGAGCCGUGGCUGAUACAGAUUCUCUCCUGAAUGUUCUUGAACAGUUUGUCCAGUUCUUCAGGUUUGAAAAUGGAGCACUUCAUAAAGAUGUGUUCAAGGAGGAUGUAGUUAAGCAGUUUCUGAAACUGCUGUCUUCUGUGAAAGAAAUCCCUGAAGGAGUGAACUGCAACAUCUCCAAUGCCUGUGCUAACAGCUUCAUAAAGCAGUUGCUGGAGAGGAAACUGUGGCAUGCAGUUUUGCUGCUGCUAACAGGGAAAGCCAGUGGGGAAGAACCAUCAGGCAGAGGACUCUUCCAAAACUGCAGCCUGUCAGAUGUUGAUCUCGGCAAAGUUAUCCAGCAGUGUGACAGACUGGAUGAACAAGUGCACCUGAUAAGAUGCUUGAUUGAACGAGGAGCUCUGCCAGAUGGGGUUGGAACCAACUCUGAAAUACCACUGCAGAUGUGCCUCAAAAAGCGUUGUUUUGAGCUGGUGUACUUGCUGCUGACCAAAGGUGCAGAUCCCCAGAAUGUCUCCAUUGCACAAGGAGAUACUCCUCUGCAUGCUGCAGUUUACAUCUGCUUAAACAGAAGAGAUGCCACCAGUCUAAGCAUCCUGAGCUACCUACUUAAUCUCUUUGCUUCAAGCCCCUCUGACUUCCCGUAUCUUAAUCCAAACGUCCAAGAUAAGAAUGGAGAUACAGUGAUGCAUCUUCUCUUUCAGAGAGGAUAUUCCAAACAGGCUGUUAGAGUAGUGGAGUUAUUGGCAAAAUUUGAUGUCAGCUUCAAUAUAAAAAACAAAUUAGGAAGACUUGUGAGGCAUGGAAUAAAAAAAAAUGACCCGCUGCUACGUGCCUGGAACAUUGCUGUGCAGGAGAGGAAGAAGUGCCGGCCAGUUGGAGCAGGGCAAGCAGUUAAAACAUCUAAGCCUGCUCCAGCCUCUGAGUUUUCACAGUCAAGGAGUGCAGGGCGUUCCUCAUCUGGGACCUCAGUAAAGACUCCAUCUGGCAGUGCAGCGCAGAGCGAGUUGAAACCUCCCUGUUCUGUAACAGCAGAAAAAGGUCCGUCGGCGAAGCAGGAAACAGAAGGAGUAAAUAGUCCCUUAACGCUGCAGGAAAGUCUGGUGCAGGCAAUCACAGCUCUAAUUCAGCAACUGAAAUUGAGGGACACCCUGAGAAAGGGCCAUCCUCUGGUCCAAAAGCCAUCUUCAGCUCGGACUCGUUUGGAAGAGGGAAGAAGUGAGCCCUCGCCACCUAGUGGAGGCAUAGAUUAUCCCGAGGGGAAAAGGGCUGAUUGGAAGACAAAGAAGGGAGCAAGGGAAUUCAGUGUGGCCAUGCCCAAUGAAGAGAAGGAAGACUCAGAGGAAGGGAAGAUUCUGGAUGUUGAGACGUAUGUGCAGGAGUUUGAUAACAUGACCUGGGAAAUCGAGUGCACUCCUGAGACGCUGAAGACGUUGGGCAGCAAAGCUGUGCCUCAGUAUCUGAAAACUAGAACUAUAAUGACAAUUAAGCAGCUUGGCAACGGGGAGUGGACUAAAGGCCUUCAGAAGCCCCUGAGACACUUGAAAGCUGAUAUCCAGCUUUAUGAAGCCAAGUUGGGCAAAGGUGCCAGAAUGCUGUGGGAACUGGCAAUUGAUUUUUCUCCUCGCUGCAGCGAGAGCGCUGAAAAGAUCAUGGAGACAGAACAGGCAAAAAGUCAGCCAGAAAAAUCGGGCAGAGUUUACACUGAGAUGAUCAGGAUUUGGGCCAUCGUUCUGGACCACUGCAAGCUGAAUCGUGUCCUAGACAACAUUUGCAUUUCCUACAAUCGUGGCUUGUCCUGCAUCUUGAGGAAGAAGCUGAAAGGCAUAAACGAAGGGCAGCAGACCCAGAGCGUGACAACGGAGAAGCGCGUCCCACGGUGCUACGUUGAAGACUCGGAGGCGCGGAAGUCCAAGGAACGCACCGUGCCGGAAUACUUCCCUCCAGCCAGCCCAGCAGAGCUGGAAUACAACAUAAUGAAGUUUCACAGCUUCAGUACUAACAUGGCACUUAACAUCAUCAACGAUGUGCAUUCUUCUGUGGAGUACCCCUUCCGAGUUGGCGAGUUGGAGUACGCAGUAAUCGAUCUCAAUCCAAAGCCCAUGGAGCCAAUCAUUUUAAUUGGGCGAAGUGGGACAGGGAAGACAACUUGCUGCUUGUACAGGCUUUGGAAAAAGUUCUGUUCCUACUGGGAGAAAGCUACCUUGGCAAGCAGUCCUCUCCUGGAGAGGCAAACGUGGCAGCAAAGACAGUGCAGGGAGGUUGAAAAAGCUGGGUCAGAGAGGGAAGAGUGUGAGCUAGAACAGGACAGUGAUGAUUCGAGUGAGGAGCUAGACCAGGACAACGAAGACGAAAGUGUUCCCGUGGGCACAGCUGGUGCAGAAAGAAGUUCAGGUGAUGAUCGUGAAGAGCAGAUAUGUAGCACAGGAACAUCAAACGUGCUGGAGCACCUCCACCAGAUCUUUGUGACCAAAAAUCCUGUCUUGUGCCAAGAGGUUCGGAAGAAUUUCAUUGAACUUAGCAAGUCUUCCAAGGUAACCAAUCACUUCAAGCCUCUGGAGCCAAAUGUUCACAAGCUACAGGACGUUAAAGAUGAAAACUUUCCGCUGUUUAUCACCUCCAAGCAGCUGUUGCUCUUACUGGAUGCAUCUCUGCCCGACCCCUUUUUCCCAAGAAACGAGGAUGGAAGCCUCAAAAGAAUCAUUGCUGGUUGGAGCGCUCAGGAGGACUUGGUUGUACCAAACUGGCAACACAAGGAUGAAGAGGAUUGCAUGGAAGCAGGAUGUAGCAAUGAUGGAGCUGCGGAUGCGUACUCUAGGGAAAGCGACCCUCGGACGUUCGUGACUUACAGCGUGUUUGCAAAUGAAAUCUGGCCCAAAAUGAUCAAAGGGAAAAGCUUGUACAGUCCAGCACUGGUCUGGAAGGAAAUCAAGUCCUUUCUGAAGGGGUCUUUCGAGGCGCUGAAUUGCGUCGGGGGCAAGCUUACGGAGGAGCAGUACAAAAAGCUAGGCCGAAAGAGGUCACCGAACUUCACGGAAGACAGGAGUGAAAUCUAUCAGCUCUUCUGCCUGUACCAGCAGAUCUGCUCCCAGAGAGGCUACUUCGAUGAGGAAGAUUUGCUCUAUAAUUUGUCUCAAAGGCUUUCAAGGCUCAGGGAGCUGCCGUGGUCCAUCCACGAGUUCUAUGGCGACGAGAUCCAGGAUUUCACCCAGGCUGAGCUGGCGCUCUUGAUGAAGUGUAUCAACGACCCUAACUCCAUGUUCCUGACUGGUGACACUGCCCAGAGCAUCAUGAAGGGCGUUGCUUUUCGCUUCAGUGACCUGAGGUCGCUCUUCCAUUACGCCAGCAAGAACUCCAGCAGCAAGAAGCAGCGUGUUAGGAAGCCUAAAAGGCUGUAUCAGCUGUACCAGAACUACAGGUCCCAUUCAGGUAUUCUCCGCUUAGCAUCCGGAGUGGUCGAUUUGCUUCAGCAUUAUUUCCCGGAAUCUUUUGAUCGCCUUCCUAAGGACUGUGGUCUCUUUGAUGGCCCAAAACCUACCCUCUUGGAGUCCUGCAGUGUUAGUGACUUAGCAAUUCUGCUGAGGGGCAACAAAAGGAAAACACAACCCAUUGAAUUUGGAGCACAUCAGGUGGUGUUAGUAGCAAAUGAGACUGCAAAGGAGAGGAUCCCCGAGGAACUUCAUUUAGCACUUGUACUGACAAUUUAUGAGGCAAAGGGCUUGGAAUUUGAUGAUGUGCUUCUUUACAACUUCUUCACAGAUUCAGAGGCUAACAAAGAGUGGAAGAUCAUUUCUUCUUACACUCCUGAUUCAGAUGUGCAAGUAGGAAGCAAAUUGCUAAUAGAAGUUCCUUUAGAGGAUGCUACUGGUGCACAGAAAAGAACUCCUUUUAAUGUAGAAAUGUUCAAGAUGCUGAAUGGAGAACUGAAACAAUUGUAUACAGCUGUUACAAGGGCCAGAGUCAAUCUUUGGAUCUUCGAUGAAGACAGUGACAAACGAGCCCCAGCUUUUAAGUAUUUCAUCAAAAGAGAUUUUGUUCGGGUUGUCAAAGCAGAUGAAAAGAAAGACUUAGAUGACAGCAUGUUUGCUAAAACUUCAACUCCAGAAGAAUGGAUUGCACAGGGAGACUACUAUGCUAAACAUCAGUUCUGGGAGGUUGCAGCCAAAUGUUACCAAAAAGGAGGAGCAGCUGAGAAGUCAAAACUGGCCCUGACUCAUGAUGCUGUUCUCAAAGUGCAUGCCAAGAAAAGUAGCCCCAGGGAAAAGCAGAUGGAAUACCUGGCUUUGGCUAAAACUUACUUGGAGUGUGGAGAACCCAAACUGGCACUGAAAUGUCUGUUUCAGUCGAAGGAGUUCCGGCUUUGUGCAGAGCUGUGUAAAGAGUUAGGAAAGACAAAAGAUGCUGCAGUUUUCUAUCAGAAGAUCCAGUGCUACAAAGAGGCAUCUGAAUGUUAUGAGCAAGUUGAGGAGUUUGAUCUGGCUGUGAAAAUGUAUUGUAAGGAAGAACUCUAUGAAGAAGCAGCAAAGGCAGUUGAAAGAUAUGAAGAGAUGUUAAGCACAAGAGGACAAACGGGUUCCAAACUUUCAUGCACAGCAAACCAGUUGUAUUUGGAAGCAGCUGCAAAGUACCUGAGUCUGAACAGAAGGGAGGGGAUGAUGCGAGUCCUUUCUAAACUGGACGUAGAGGACCAGCUGGAGUUUCUCAAGUCCCGCGGCUGCCUGCACCAGUCGGCAGACCUACUGAAAAGAGAAGGUCGAGAGGAGGAAGCUGCCAAGUUAAUGAAGCAGCAUGGCUUUCCUCUGGAAGCAGCCAACCUCACGGCCACAAAAGAGUUCCGUGCCUCCUGCUUGCUGGCUGCAGCGCGUGCCGCUCGCUCUGCCGACCCGGGCGCGCUGGACUUGGAGGCAGUCCUGAGAGAAGCCCUCGACCUUUGUGUGCAAACCAAGCAGAAGUCUGGCAUUGCCGAGGCUGUGUUUUUGCAGGGAUCUCUGAAGGGAGAUGCCACAAAGCUGAGUAAUGCCUACAAGCUGUUCCUGUCUUUGAAUCAUGCUGCUGGUGCGGUUGAAGCUCUCUUUGAGUUGUGUCGCUGCAGCAUUCCUAACCAGCAGUUGCUCUUGAUGGCAACACGUGGCUUAGUGGCUCUUCUGAGUCUGGUGAGGGGUCUGAAGAAGACAGCUACCAACGCAGAGAAAGAUAUGGUGAAGUCGUGCUUUGCCUAUUUUGGGAUUGUCCCGACAGGUGACAGUUGCCACGUGUCUCAGAACGAAGCUGAGCCCAUUCUCAAGUUUUUGUCUGACAAGUCAAGUCCGAAAGAGAAGAAGACUCAAGGCGAUUUCUCAGUAGGCACAGAGGAGGUAAAAACAGCUCUGAAGCAGCACUUCUUGAGCAGGUUGUGCUCUAUCACCCAAGAGUUGUUGAAAAAGCAUUACCCUGGGGUUUGUACGAGGUUCGUUGUUGGCUUGAGGUGUGAAGAUACAACCUGUCAGGAUUACCACAAGCCCCUGCUGCGCUGUGAGGCAAGGAUGAUAUUUCAGUGUAAGAUGCAUCUGGUGGCAAUAAAUGGGUUGCUGUUGGAAGCUGCUCAUACUUUCCCUGAAGAGAUCUUGAGUCAGUGCAAAAACUUUGACCUUUUGACUGCUGACAGAUUUGCCUUGUGUGAAGACCUUUUAGAAGUGUUUUUUCCUAAUCAUUUUCAUUUGAGAAUACUGUCUGAGAACCCAAAGGCCUGCAGGGAAAUCCUGGAAUUCAGUAGCCUAAUUUCUAAGCCCUGUAGAGCAGUACUGAAGGAGUACAUCACUGAGAAGUUUAAAAAGGCAGUCACAGCAGCCAGAAGAGAAUCAACUGACUUAUGGCUGCAUGCCAUGCAAGUUUUCAUCUUAUCUUCAGGAUAUCCUGAAGAAUUUGAGAAACUCCUUUUUAAGGAAGAGGACGAUUAUAACAAAGAGCUAAACUUUGCUUUGUCGGAGGCGAAGAGCUCCCUGAAGGGUAACAGGCACGGAGGAAAGGCCAAGAGGCUGGAGGGCAGGCAUGGCAUGCUGCUACCUGACAAGAACGCUGAGUGUACAGGGAGGACACACCUGUGCUUCAUUCGACUGCUUGAAAAUUCCCUCGAGCAGUUCUACCUCCAUAAGAACCCAGAGACCUGCAAAAGCUUUUUCUUCCGCUUCAUGAACUUCCUGGUCAGGAAGUGCACCGGCUACCUGGUUCCAAGCAUAGGCAAUACAGUCAUGCUGUUGGAGUUCCAGUACGUUCUCUGUUGUGCUGUCCUGAUGCGUCUCUCCAAGAACAUCACCCUCUCCUUUCCCAAGAGUUACAUUGCCCUCAUCCACUACUGGGAGUUUCUCUUCAGAAGCAAGGGCUACAACAAAGAGUACAGGGACACGUUUUCCAUUAUACAAGAGUACAGACCCAAGGACGUCUGGGUAGCUGUACAGAAGUUCAGGUUUCAUCUCCGUUACCUAACAGAAGUUUUGUGUGGAGUGUAUGGCAACUUCAAUGUCCUUCUGGAUGCUUUUAAUAAUCCUAACUACAUAACUUCAGGGGAGGCUGAGAGGGCCGUGGUGCUGUGCUUAGUGAUGUUACUGAAUGCUGACCAGGUGCAGAGCUCGAUGUGUAGGUUCUUCCUGCACCAGCACUUCCCUGGAAUCAAGGCCAUGCUGAGAUCUAUGGAAAAGGACUCUCCUUCCCAGGUGCCUGAAAGGUUGCUGAGGGUUGUGGAACAGGUCAGUAAUGCUACACAUGUGAGAGAAGUUGCUGUGAGCUUGCAAGCGCUGCUGUUGGAGCGAGAUGCGGAGUACCUGGUUGACUGCCGGUGGAAAUGGGACUCGGUGUAUGUUCAGGGCCACCCACCUGUGUGGGGCAUCCUGUUUGAAAACGUAAACCUUGACAGGUUUGUCACCUCUCUGGAUAAGGCAGAGUAUGGUGAUGAAGUAGAAAAGGAACUGGAAAGAGUUCAUUCCUUAGAGGACCAAAGGGAUCUCCUGGAAGUCAUCGCCCUCAGCAGGCAGCAGAAGCAGGAGCAGAAAGCGUCUGCGCAGCGCCAGCUGCAUCGUGUCUGCCGUUUCGUGUGCCUGUGCAUGAAGUGGAAAAGGAAGAGCUGCUCCAAAGCUGAGCACGUUGCAGUGGAGGGAGAGGGAUUUUUCUCAGGCAUUUUCAAGAAAGCAGAUAUUGACCAAACCCAGUGUGACCUCUGUGGAGUCAGAUUCACCCGGAGCUCCGAGAGCUAUUUCAGCCAGUCAGAAAACAUGGAGCCAGACGCUGCUGAAGCUGUGACGCUGGCAGAGAUCCACGGGGAAGAAAAGUUGCAUGUGGAAGGAGGUGCAGCUUCUGAGGCUAGCGAGAUUUAUGCAGAGCACAGGGACACAGAGAAGCACAGGAAGAAUAAUGCAGCCUACCAACACUACAGUGACUUCUUCAAAAGAAAGGUUGAUCCAAUAAUAUCUGAUGGGCAGGAUGUGGUGGAGGCCAUUACAGAAAAGACAAAGACUCAAGACCAUUUAGCAUAUAAAGAAGACUUCAAGCUACGCCAAAGAAGAAUCAAAGAGAACAUUAAGAAGAUUGGAGAUGCAGUGAAGGAAAUCUACGAGAGAAAAGCCUGGGCUGAAGCUGAAAAGAUAAUAACUGAACAUGCCAGCAAAUUGAUUGCCACCAUUGAUGAGGCUCAUAAGUGGCUGAAGAAAAUGGAUUCUCAGAGGAUGAAAGAAGAAGGUUGUAUGCACGAUGGAGACUUGGAAAAUGAAAUGGAAGAUGAAGACAAAGCUUUUAUACAACUUAGCCGACACAGAAGUUCAGGAAAAAGAGGAAGGCAUGGGAAACUGUAAUUAGAAAAAAAUAGAAUCCUCUUACCAGCUGCAUUGUAGAAUUGUUAAAAAAAAGAGAUGGGAAAUGGGAAAAUGUCUGAAGAAGAAGAAAAGCUUAGGCUGUUUGCUGUUUAUCACUGAAUGCUGUGUCAGAAUAGCUACCUGUGCAGCGAUGUCGUAAUCGUUAAAACCUGUGACAGGGCAAACCUCCUUUCGAGCUGAUGUAGAAGUAAUAAGCCAAAGAAAUGAACUAGUAGAGAAAAAAUAGUGGUUCUGCCUUACCUCAGGAGUAUUUCUCCACUGUCUUCUUUUUUUCCCCCCCCUUCCCUGAGCUGGAAUACUCAAGAAAAAGAGACGAAUGAUUUCUCUGAUGGUUAAGAGGUUUAACUGCUGAUUUUAGAAGACAGCAGGUUUGCAGUAGCAAAGCCUGAGUCUUGCAAAGACUGGAAAUGUUUUGGAGUCUUCAGGUGAGGUACAGCAUCUCUUUUUCUAUUUUUAUAGACAAGAGUAGCAACUUUUAACCAUGUUCAUGUUUCUGACUGUGUACACAUAAUUACUCAUGAAAAAAAGUUAAUCCUUGUUUUCUACUCGAUCAGGUUUUGAUAUCACCUGCACAGAUUUCAGUAUCUAGCCUCUUUCUUUUAAAGGCUGUUGGAUGUUUUUAAUGUUUUGUAAGUUUUAAUUGAGAAAAGGCUUUUUUUUGUAAUGUACAAUAAUGUUUUUAUAAAACUGUAAGAUUGUUACAACCUCU